GUAGUCACAAGGUCGAAACUAGACACUCGAACGGAGAGAAACGCUCGCGUUGCACAUACAACAAGAGAACAGCACUGGUCAAAAUGUCUGCCUCUGAACUUGCUACUAGUUAUUCAGCUCUCAUUUUGGCUGACGAGGGUAUUGAAAUCACUUCUGACAAGCUCUUGUCUUUGACCAAGGCUGCCAAUGUCGAAGUCGAGCCUAUCUGGGCUUCCAUUUUCGCUAAGGCUCUUGAAGGCAAGGACCUUAAGGAACUCCUCUUGAACAUUGGCUCUGGUGCCGGUGCUGCUCCCGUUGCUGCCGGUGGUGCCCCUGCCGCUGCUGGUGAAGCUCCUGCCGAAGAAAAGAAGGAGGAAGCUAAGGUAGAAGAAGAAUCUGAUGAGGACAUGGGCUUCGGUUUGUUCGACUAAGCAUUUUGUUUCCUGUUACCAGUCUAGCUUCUUUCUCUAAAAAAUUGAAUUUGAUAUACCUUCAUUUUAUUUCUGUAUGAGGACGUAGUGUGGGUGCAUUCGUAGGCGAGGAUAUCGAUAUCUAGUAGAAGUAUUUUUAAACAGCUAUUGAAAUAAAUAUUGGGUACCCU